UCUAGAUAGACGUCAUUAUUAAGGGCAAGGAGUCGGAUUAUUUAGAUCUUUUUAGUCAGGCCAAUAUGUAUUUGUCUGCAUGUGUUGCAGUGUUUCUUGGGAGUGUAUUUGAACUGCCACUCGCUUCUGCCUUCCUGAUCGAUUUCUACAGCAUAGCGCCAACUCACAGUAGUCAUAGCAGUCAUCACUGUUUGUCCUACAGCAGUUACAAUGAACUUUUAAAUCUAAUACAUGACGACAACUGUAUGAAUGUGGAUUUGGUGUUUCAGCACCUAGAGGAUUUGAACAAUCAGGUCGGCGUUUACUGCAGGAUGAAAGUGAUUAAUGCUCUUUCAGACCACUUUGGAUCACAUCCUUACAUACCUCAGAAAUGUAGUUGUACCGGCCACUACAGACUGCAGAUAUAUCACAUUGGAUCUGGAGACGGUGUAACUGAUAUCAGAGAUCAUUGUCUUCGGAUAGACAAUUCAUAUCGAGAUCUGUACCAUCAGUUUUUCCAAUCUCAGGGCUCAAAUGGUAAUAACAUUGCAUGCAGAACACAUCAUUCAGUUUGGAAUUACCUAAGGCAUAUCUCGACUGCCACAUAUGACAACAAUUCCUGUCAGAAAGAUAUAAUAUACCAUCUAAGUUAUGCAUUUGAAAAACAUCCUGACCAUUGUGUAUGCACCGCAAAUUCACAGCAAACAAGUGGUCAACACACCCAUGAUCCACAAGGGCAUACAACCGAUCCAUGCAGUCAGUACAGUAGUUACAAUCGGCUUCUUGACCUAGGGAAUACGAACGACUGUUUGAGUGCGAACUCAGUCUGGCACUAUCUAGAUGAUCUCCAAGUCAAGAGUUCUGAAUGUCGAAAGAAAAUUCAGCUUCAUAUGGCCAACAAAUACCAACAUGCAACUUCACAGAAUAACAAUGGAUGUAUUUGUCACAUGCGUGCAGCGCUUAAAAACCAUGAAAUACACAGACUAAAUAACGGAAGCCUGAUUGAAUGUAGGGAUCAUACAAGCGGCAGCUUUUAUCAAGAUAUUGAUCACAGACUGUUUUCCAAUAUUGAAGCCCAAGGGUGUAUGAACCAUAAUUACCUGUGGCCAAACCUUGAGAAUGUGAGAGACCAUUGUUACCAUUACCAUGAUUGUAUCGAUUGUCAACAAGAUCUGAUAGUAAGAGCAACAUUGAACUACCCGAGUGAACAUAGUGACAGCUGUGAAUGCUCUAGGAAACCAAGUACAACACAAUCAACAAGACAUCCAACAACAACAACAACAACAACAACAACACCAAUGCCAACAACAAGAAAACCAACUACUUCAACAACCUCUGUUUCUCGGCAUUUUGUAUGUGACAAACGUUCCGUUGUUGAAUUUAUUGCCCUACAACAACAUACAUCACAUCAAAGGGCUAGCCCCUGUGAUCCAAGUAGCGGCGGAAGUGACGAUGCCUAUGUUCUUGCCUCGUGCAAUGCCACAUCACCGAUGACGUGGAGAAGAGGGCAAAACGUAAUGGCUGAUUGUGAAUCCCACACACAUUUGAUUCCAGGAUUUACUCCAAUAUCGACAUUUGCACAUGCCAACUAUGACGCCUUAGGUUCACAAUCAGGUGUAUUCCUUGAAUGUUACAAAAGCGGAUUUAAGAUGGCGAUUCAAAAAUGUAAUGGUGUACCAGAAAUAGUGCACGUUGAACAUGGAGCAUUUACAAAUAACCCAAGAAAUUAUUAUGCUAUUGUUACAUAUUGAUACAUGAUGAUUUAUCCCCUUGUAACAGUGUUCUUUUGUAUAAAUGAAAGGAUUUUACGUUAAAAUAUAAAACAAUCAAUCU